AUGGCCAUGCUUUAUCAUUACGUACACAAGACGGAACUACAGGCUGCCCAGUGGGAUUUUGAAUUGGCACAUGCCAAGAAAAUGGUAGAACAGUCCUUACGGGCAGAUGGUACAACACCCAACAACCAGCAAGAGUUAUUGGACCAAAUUGACAGUUAUCAUGACAGCAGUCGACAACAUAGUAAUGCAUCCGUCGGGAGCUGGACCAGCUCUCGUUUUGUCAACAUUAUAUCGUCUUCCAAUCUAUCCGUCUCCAGUAUCAGCAGCAUCUGGAAACGUAGCCGGAAACAGCGAAAAAAGAAAAAGGAGUUUCGAAAGUCCAAGAUUGUGGCACGACAAGCCUAUCGAUACGUUGGUGUCUUUAUGUGA